AUGCUGCGCACCCGCGCAGAGUGGCAGGACUACCGAACCAAAAUUCGGCUUGUGUGGAAAAACAGCACGCGCGUGGCGCUGCAAGUGCAUUGCGCUGAGGACGCUGCGUGCCAAUUUACUUGGCGCUGCACGUACUUUUUGCAAAGCCUAGGUCACGCAGCUGGCACACUCUUGGUCACCAGUACAGGGGAGCACGACCACAACUCCAAACCAAAGGUUGGCAGCAGACAGGCAAGGCUGUGGACUCCGCGUCAAGAGGAAGACGCAAGGAAGUACAUGGACGCAGCAGAGGCAGGGAAGCGCAGCGUGAAGCAGCUGCGAGAGCACAUGUUGUCCAAAAACCAUUUGGCAGAUUCCCUUUCGACCUUGCCGCAAAUGAGCACGUGGAUGCGGAAUUUCAACUGUCGGAAGAAGCAAGGCAAGAAAGUGGGGCAGCCGGCAGCCGCCGGGCGGGAAGUGGCUCCAACGCAAGUUGCUUUGGAUGACUGGCCGCGUGACGGCAGCGCGUCGGAAGACUUGUAUGUGUUGGAGCCAAGAGUUGUGUCCUCCACGGAAGUGUUUGUGCCGUACACAUGCAAAGGCAUGCUGUCGACGCUGAGCCGAUUCGUUGGGGGCGAGGUGAAUUUGGCUGUUGACGCAAAGAUGAAAGUCCUCAACGGCGGGGCAGGCGUGGCCACGUUGAGCUUGCUUGUUAAAGAUGGGCUGCGAAGCACUGAUGUGAACGCCGGCGCAGGCCGCGUGCAGGGAAAGGCUUUCACUACCCGAGCCAUGCCUUUCCUGCAAGCCACGAUGCACCAAGAAACGACGGCCAAUUACUUACGUCUUUUUGCAGUAGCCGAGACGCUGCGGGCUCAGUGCUGCCCUUCCCAGCUGCCUCUGAAGCAGUGCGUCCGGCAGCUGCACAAAGAUUUUGCCCCUGCCAUCGAAGCUGCGCGAAGGGAAGCCUUCCCGAACAGCCGGCCCUGCGAUGACUGGUUCCAUUUCAAGCAGAAGCGCCGCGAGCUCGAGAGCCGGUGCAAAUUUGGAGAUGCGGGCGGGCAAGUGCUGCAAGGCCCACGCUGA